UUUAUUUUUAUCUUGGGUUGUUAGAACUUGAUCGAAUGUGUUGUGGUGGCAGUGGGAAAAAUUGAAGGUGAGGUUGGAUAUAUUAUCUUUCCAGCUGGGUAAGGAGAACCUUUGGGAUGAUCCAAUGCGCUCAGGUAAGAAGAUUUCUUUAUUCGAACAAUCCCCUUGCUUGUGUGGACUAUGAAAUCCAGCUAUAAGAAACUCUGUGAGGGUUUUGCCAGCGCAGGUUCUUCCAUUCUGGACGAAGAGGAGCGGUUGGGGAUAAAGAGGGACAAAGCUUGCCACAACCUUGUGUUCAUCCAGUUUCCGAUUCUAAUGAAGUGGGUUGUGUUGGGAGGGGAAAGUUUGCACAGACAGCUUGCAGAGGAAACCAGGAGCGUUGUUCAGGAAGAAAACAGGGUGAGUCUCCGUGCGUUGGAUAGGAUGACUUUGACUAAAUCCGUGGUGUACGAGGUGAUGAGGAUAGAGCCGGCAGUGUCGUUCCAGUACGGGAAGGCCAGGGAAGAUCUUGUAGUAGAGAGCCAUGAUGUGGCGUACGUGAUCAAGAAGGGUGAGAUGAUCCUUGGAUAUCAGUCGUUCGCUACGAAAGACCCUAAGAUCUUUCAAAGAGCGGAGGAGUUUGUGGCCCACAGGUUUGUUUUGUAAUAGUCUUACAUACAAAAGACUUUGAUGCUCAAUAAUCUGACUUGUGUGAAAAAGUAGAGUGGUGAUGAGAAGAAUAAAAAGAAUAAAAUUUCAUAUAUAAUCUGGGAAUGAGUAUAGAGGGUCCGUUCUGAAAAAGCAUUGUGAUAUGAAGUUGUGAUAAUUUUGUUGUAAUGAUUACUAGGCUACAACAUAUUAUUAUCAUGGUUUGAUUCUUGUUUAGCUUCCUCCUCUGGAUUACAAGAUUGGGCCAGGAGAAAUCUGAUGACAAGACACACACCCCUUGCUUCCUAAAACUCUCAA